GGGAAAGAGGAAGCUGCAGAAGGAGGGCAACAGACAAAAAUAAGGGAAGAUGCUGCCGGCCGCAGUCCCAGCUGGUUCCCGCAGAGGAAGUCCAGAUGGAGGUUGAGGUCCUGCCGUCUGCUGCUAUCAGUGAAGCCAGCCAGGCCUCCCCAGGGAUUGCACCACCGCUACACUGUGACACCGCAGUGCAUACUUCUCCUUUGAGCGACGCAGUAGGAGGGUUGAUACCACAGAACACAGCACGGCCCCCCUUGGAUAGAGUCGUGACACUAACUGACCCUGACACCAACUCAGUCCAGUGCCUCACACACUUGGACGGAGAGGAGAACCUGAAGAAAGCCACGGAGGAAUGUGUUAAGUUCACUCUGAAGAGACUUCCGCUUGAAAGCUGGCGAGUCUUCGACAUCAAAGCUAACGUCGUACUUUGAAGGGAAAAAAUAUAUAUCAAAGGAAACAAGGAAUAUUACUGCUGGGAUCCCAAUUGGCAACGACAUGAAAGGAAGACGAGGAGGCAAUCUUGUUUUCUGCUUUUGGAACAUUACAUCUUAUUGCCCCUGCAAGGUAUAGUUCAGAGUUGUACUGUGAAAAGAUGGACAUUUAUGAGAAGAUACACACCGGAGCUUUACAUUGUGGAACCGUGCUGUAAACCGUACGGCUUUGAAGAGUAUUUUCUUGCCUUUGCUGCCCGGCUUGGAACUCCCUGAGUGGACUUACAGAGACCACGACAGUUCCCAUCGUCGCUGUGAGGAUAUUCAGUUUCGGAAGAUGUCUGCCGAGGUCCAUUUGGAGCACCAAAGGAAGGCUAACCUGAAAGCCGGACAUCUGGUGCCCACUGUGACAUUGGUCAGUCGCAGAGAGUUGAGGGCGAAAGACCGUCACAGAUGCCUCGAUCCCAAGUCAACGGCCGGCGUCCACUACGGAUGUAGUGAAGGUAGCAGAGUCCAGAAGGUUGGAACAAUGCCAGAUUCACCUGCGGAUGUGAAAACCCAGCCCAGGUCCACCCCACCCACCAUGCCUCCUCCACCCCCGGCUGUCAGCCAAGCAACCAGUCGUAAUGCCUCCUUCACCCCCACCACCAGUAAAUCAAUGCUAAACGGGAGCAGCCACUCUCCCACCUCGCUGAACGGCGCCCCGUCCACGCCGAACGGCUUCAGUAACGGGCCGGCCAUGUCGUCCACGUCCUCGCUCUCCAACCAGCAGCUCCCGCCGGCCUGCGGCGCCCGGCAGCUGUGCAAGCUGAAGCGCUUUCUGACCACGUUGCAGCAGUUCGGCAACGACAUCUCGCCCGAGAUCGGGGAACGAGUGCGCAGCCUCGUGUUGGGUCUGGUGAACUCAACACUAACCAUUGAAGAGUUUCAUUCCAAACUUCACGAAGCUACCAACUUCCCUCUAAGGCCUUUCGUCAUUCCCUUCCUGAAGGCUAACCUGCCCUUGCUGCAGAGGGAGUUGCUGCACUGUGCCAGGCUGGCCAAGCAGACGCCGGCACAAUACCUGGCCCAGCACGAGCAGCUCCUCCUGGACGCCAACGCCAGCUCGCCCCUGGAUUCCUCCGAGAUCAUGAUGGAGAUGAACGAGCACGGCAAGAGACGGACCCCUGACAGGACCAAAGACUCCUCGGACAGAGAAGGCCUGCACCCCGAGCACCUGGCGAAGAGGCCCUGCACCAUAAGCCCCAACCAGCGCUUCAGUCCCAGCACGGGCCUCCCCGCUCACCCGCCUCCCAACGGUCUGUCCACACACCCCCCCAACGGACUGCCGCACGCACCCAACCAUCAAAUGGGCCCUCAGCACUACCGCCUGGAGGACAUGGCGCUGGCGCACCAGUACAGAGACGCCUACAGACACAACGAACACCGAGACGGCCGAGAGAGACACCGACAAACAGCGACGCACGGGGCCCGGCAAGAGGAAGUGAUUGACCACCGUCUAACAGAUCGAGAGUGGGCGGAGGAAUGGAAGCACCUGGAUAAUCUGCUCAACUGUAUCAUGGACAUGGUGGAGAAGACCCGGCGCUCUCUGACCGUGCUGCGACGCUGCCAGGAGGCCGACCGAGAGGAGAUGAACCAUUGGAUACGGCGCUACAGCGACGUUGAGGAGAUGAAAAAAGGUGGGAGCAACGGACAGCACUGCCUUCCUCCUCCUCCUCUUCCUCCUACUCCUCACCACAACUCCUCCUCCAACACAGCUAGCGGCAGUGAGACUCUGUCCAAAGGAGCUUCCUCGGCUGCUGAAAGGCAGACAGGCAGGCAGACAGAGAUCCACAGAGACUUUCUACACAGACCUCCAUCGGGAUACCUGCCAGAGGAAAUCUGGAGAAAAGCUGGUACUACAAGCAUCCCGCUCUCCCCAGCACUAAAGCACCUCCAAAACAAGCAGGAAGAAGCCGUGAAUGAAGUGAAGCGACAGGCCAUGUCGGAGCUGCAGAAGGCCGUGUCAGACGCCGAGAGGAAAGCUCAUGAGAUGAUUUCGGCGGAACGCUCGAAGAUGGAGAGGGCGCUGGCCGAGGCCAAGAGGCAAGCCUCUGAGGACGCGCUUACUGUCAUCAACCAACAGGAGGACUCCAGUGAAAGCUGCUGGAACUGCGGGAGGAAAGCCAGCGAGACCUGCAGCGGCUGCAACACGGCCCGCUACUGCGGAUCCUUCUGCCAACACAAAGACUGGGAGAGGCACCACCACGUCUGCGGUCAGGGCCUGCAGGGUAUGCCGGGGGCCAGCGCCGUCCCGUCCUCGUCCGCCGGGGCGCCCCCGACUCACUCGGAGGGCGCCGCCCCGGGUCCGCUCUCGCUGGCGGCGGGCCAGAUGGCGGCCGGCGGCGGCGGCGGGAGCAUGUCGGCCAGCCCCAAGGAGAGCAGUUCAAGCAGUGCCUCGCGCUCCACCACCCCGGCAACACCCGCCCUGCUGGACGCCACGUCCCGCUGACCCCCUCCGCCGCCCUCCGCGCAAAACCAAACUGAGGAAUCUUCGUCGCACAUUGGCCCCUUUUCCCCCAUUUUUUCUGACAAAAAACGGUUACCCCUGGCUGUCCCCCAUCCCUGGUUUGAGUGUCGUGGUGUAAGUGAGAAGUGACAUGUUGGCCCAGAACUCCACUAAGACGAAAGCACGGUCAAUGAAGAUAAGAGCUGUGGCGAGACAAGAUCCUCCACGGGGGGACACAGGACCAAUUAGCACUUCAAGUCCCUUUUAAUUACGCACCAGUGAUAACAGUACCUGGUUCCGUUACCAGGACUGCGAUGCAAUUACCUCCUCACCAAACUCAACUUAGUAGUUACCAAGCAUCUCUUCUACUUUUUUCUGGCUUUAAAAGGGGAGAGAAAGACAAAAAAAACAAAAAACAAAGACAAGUCCAAAUAGUCUAAAACAAGAGAAAGUUUUAAACUGCUAACUACCUUGCUAGCGAGCCAAGAAGAAAAAAAAUCGACGCCGGACUCACCUCUCUGAACCCAAAUGAAUUCAAAGAUGAAGAACACGAAAAAAAAGCAACAGAAUCCAAACCUUUGUAUUACACUGCCAAAGUACGCGAUUAGGAGAAGCACUCAUAACCAAACACAAAGCAACAUCACCUCCUCAGCAGAUAAGGCAGGCCGAGCGAGAGAGAGAGAGAGAGACACCGUGGACGAGACUUCAGCCGACACUAUUGAACUAUGGACGACGCUGUGAAACGGACCGAGGCCUCACCACAAUAAGAGUUGGGUGAGCGGAACAGGAAGGGGAAAACUACACGGACUCAACUCAGAUGAAAGUCAGGCAAAACCCGCUUCAAUGUAGCUAGCAAAAGCCAGGUGUUACGUGUCACAGCAGGGGUCAGCGUCUCUUUCGGUCAGUAAAACCUGCCUUUUAAUGAAUGGCAAUUGGAAAAAAAAAGAAUGAAACAACAACAAAAAGAAUUGAUUCAUUUCAUUUGAAUUGAAAUACAAAAAAGUAUUGGAAAAACAAAGGUUUAGUUUUUUUGCAUCAAAAAGCAAUAAUUUGGAUAACUCAUGAUUACUUAGUUUAAAUUGAUUUACAAAAUAGCCCAAUAUUUGGAAACAAAUGUAGAUUAUUUUUAGAAUGGGAAUUGCAAGAAAAAAUGCUUUACCUUCAUUUCAAUUUGAAAUAAUAAAAAAAAAACAGAAUAGAGUUUUUUUCCACGUCAAAAAGCAAUAUCUGGAUCCAGAUAAUAUCAUUAAUUUAGCAAAAACAAAAGUCAAGGAAAAUGAAAAAAUAGACCAAAACCAGAUUUUUUUUUUUUUUUUUUUUGUGCUGUCAAUUAAUCAAACUUUAGAAUUGGAAUUACUCGUGAUGAAUCACGGAUUUUGUAUCGGUGAAAUUCAUUGAACAAAAUAACCCAAUAUUAUUUUCAGUUUAAUUUCAAAUACAAAAAAAAAAUAUUAAACAGAACAGGGUUUUUUUUUCAUGUCAAAACACAAUAACUAUUUCUAAAUAUUCUGAUUCAUAUAGAAAAAAACAAAAAUCAUCAAUCAGCAGAAAUGAAAAAAUGGACCAAAACCAGAUUAUUUUUUUUAGUGCUGUCAUAAUAAAACACAUUUCAAUCAGAUUAAUCACACUUUAGAAUGGGAAUUAAUCCUGAUUAAUCACAGAUUGUUAGUCGCUUGUUGAGGUGAAAUUAAUUUACAAAAUAGCCCAAUAUUUGGAUACAAAUGCAAUUUAUUUUCAGAAUGGCAAUUGCAAAAAAAAUGGGUUAUCUUAAUUUUAAUUUGGAAUACAAAAAAAAAAAUUUUAAAAUUGAAAAACACAGCAGGGGGUUUAUUCACGUCAAAAAGCAAUAUCUAAAUCUAGAUAUUAUCAUUCAUAUAGCAAAAACAAAAACCAGUGAAAAGGAAAAAAUGGACCAAAACCAGAUUUUGCUUUUAGUGCUGUCAAAAUAAAACACAUUUCAAUCAGAUUAAUCACACUUUAGAAUUGGAAUUACUCGUGAUGAAUCACAGAUUUGUAGUCGCUUGUUGAGGUGAAAUUAAUUUACUAAAUAGCCCGAUAUUUGGAGGCAAAUGCAAUUCAUUUUCUUUUUAAUUUGAAAUACAAAAAAAUAUAUGUUAAAAAACAGAACAGGAAGAGCACAAGAAAGGAAGUGAACUAAAACACAGAAAAAAAUAAAAACUAAGGAAAGAAUAGUCCUGCCCAUUUGAAUUUGGAUUAAUUUUGAUUAAUUAGAAAUUAUUACUUGCUCGCAAAAUGUUCAUUUAAUUUAUAAAAGAGCCCAAUAUUUGGACACAAAUGCAAUUUUAUUGUUAGAAUGGGGAAAAAAACAACUGGUUUACCUCAAUUUUAUUUUGAAAACAUUUUUUUUUUCAUUCUUUUGGGGGAUGGUGGGAGGUUCACGUCAAAAAGCAUUAACUAGAUCUAGAUUUGAUCUUUCAUAUGGCAAAAAUAAAAGAUCAGAAAUAAGCAGAAACAAUAAAAAUGGACCAAAAACGGAUGUUUUUUUUUUUAACUUCUGUCAUUUUUUACAAUUUUAAAAAUAUGAUUUAUCACACUUUACAAUUUGGAUUAAUUAGGAUUAAGCACAGAUUAUGAUUUGCUUACAAUAUUUAGGGUAAUUUAGAAAAGAGCCAAAUAUUUGGAUACAAAUGCAAUUUAUUGUCAGAAUGUCAUAAAAAAACAAUAUUUCUUAUUUAAAUGCACGACAUUAGUUUUUGUUGUAUUUAUUUAAAAAUGUUAGAAACUCCACGCAUGGACCGGAUCACUGGAACAAAAUCAAUUUUUUGAUUAGUGCACGUUUGUACAUGCCUCAUGCAAUAAUUGUUGUGAUUAAUCACUGAGUUUACUUCUUACUUUUGGUGACCAAAACCCUCCGAAAUCCAGGGUUUGGCUAAAAUGAGGGCUAUAACAACAUUUUUCCAAAUUUACACAUUUUAAUCGAUGUUAAAAUCCAUUAAUUUAAUGGGAAAGAAGUGGUUCAGUAAUUUCUUUGUAUGUCUUUUUGAAGCACAAAUGAACGCAUCCAAAAGAUCCAUUUCCUGACACAACAGGGCAGUGACCCCAGUUUGACAUGCAAGACAAGCACUGGAUGAAAUGUCCCUUUGCCUUUUUAACGCUGACGCAGCAGGAAGGGGCUAAAAACAUAAGAUAGCGCUUUUUAAUUGUCAUUUAAAAACCUUGACACUAAUCAUCGGGAGUUUGGCAUUAUUUGCGUUUAUUGUCACAUUCUUAGUUUUAUUAUUAUCACCACAUUGUUUUUUCGUCAAGAAACGUCAGCUUUUGGAUCGGUUUUUGGUGCGUUUUUUUCUGCUGAUUCGUGAUUUUGGGGGGAGUUACUGCUUUUCAACAUGAAAAAAAAGAAAACUUUGUAGUAUUUCGUAAUAAAAUGCAGAUUUUUUUGAUCGCUAUUUUUUGGGGGGAUUGUUUGUCUUUCUAUUUGUAAUUUUUAAUUAUUAUUAUUAUUAUUUUUUUUUUAUUAUUAAUCAGUCCAUCAAACUAAUACUCAAUAAUACCAUAAUAAUACAAUUCAAAUUCCAAAACCAAAUCCGACCCAGCGACAUUCAGACUAGCAAUUGAGAGGACACACAAACAUGACACAAAACAAUCCAAAAGUAGUCAAAAGAAAAAUGAAUAAUUUCAACAACAGUAUCAUUAUUAAUAAGAAUUCCAACAUAGUAGUGAUUAUAAAUCCCUCAUGUACAUAAUCAUCACAACUGUGUUGUGGUUUGUGCAGCCCUUUGAGAUACUAGUGAUUUAGGGCUAUAUAAAUAAUCAUUGAUUGAUUGAUAAAUAAAAAAUAAACUCUUUUUUUUUUUUAAAUAAUACUGCACCGCAUAUCACAAGCUUGUCGACACAUUGUGUCCAAUAUUUUCCACAAAAAUAAAAUAAGUCACAUUUUAGGUUAACUUAAUAAUCCCAAAAAAAUGAAUAAUGGAUCCCUAUUCUAGUUCUAUUUCUAUUCAUAGAUGGAAUAUUCAAUGACCCAAAAAUACGCUGACCCAGCAAAAACAGUUCCGUGUACCUUCUGUUCAUUUUUUUUUUUUUCCAAUUCUGAAACACAAAUCAAAAAAUAAAAUUAGAGCCGUUUUUCGAUGUUUAUUACGUAUGGCAGAUUUUCAAACAAACAAAAAGGGGUUGAUUUUCAUUCAAUUAUUGCCAUAAAAUUGGAUUUGGUGCUGUUUUCCUUCUAUGGAGUUGUAUUUUUCCAGAUAAACGCAAAAAUGUGCAAAAAUGCGUUGUUAUCUGUGUGAUGACAAAUUGAACCGGAAGCAGUAUUUUAGCCUUUCCCUUGUUUUUAGCACAAUGCUAACAUAGCAUGUUCAGCAGGAGUCCCAUUCUUUCUAUUUUCAUUUCUAAAACAAAACUCAAGUUCCAAUGAUUGUCACACACACACACACACACACACACACUAGGUGUGGCAAAGUUAUUCUCUGCAUUUGACCCAUCAACCUUGAUCACCCCCUGGGAGGUGAGGGGAGCAGUGAGCAGCAGCGGUGGCCGCGUCCGGGAAUCAUUUUUGGUGAUUUAACCCCCAAUCCCAAGCCUUGAUGCUGAGUGCCAAGCAGGGAGGUCAAGAGUCCCAUUUCUAAUAGUGUUUGGUAUGACUCUGCCGGGGUUUCAACUCACAACCUACCAAUCUCAGGCUACUAGGCCACUGAGUAUGUAAGUUGGGCAACUAUUUAAUUAUACAUCCUGCUGAACAAAGAUGUCAGCGUUAUUCUAAAAACAUGCUAAACACAAAUGAAAGGCUGAAAUACUGCUUUCGGUUCCAUUCGUCAUCACACAUAACCAUGAAUUUUAGCACUUUUUUUUUUUUUUUUUGCUUUUAUCUGGAAAAAUUCCAAUACAUCAAAGCAAAACAGCACGAAAUCCAAUUUCAUGGAAAUAUUUCAAUGAAAAUCAACCCUUUUUUUUGAAGAUGUCAGGUUCAAACACUGAUGACAUCUAUUAAACAAGACAAGAAGCAAGGAAUUAAAGAGAAACAGAAUUAAAAUUUGACUCAAUUGAGUAGAGAUGUCUGGACUGUACUCUUUGUACAGUCUCACCACGCUCUGACGAUUGAUUGAUUGAAAGUUUUAUUUUUAGAUUGCACAGUACAGUACAUAUUUUGUACAAUUGACCACUAAAUGGUAACACCCCAAUAAGUUUCUCAACUUGUUUAAGUCGGGGUCCACGUAAAUCAAUUCAUGGCCGAAAGAUUGUACGCCUCCUCUUUUAUUUGGACUUUCCCUGAUUACGUGGCAGCAGCUGUUUCUAAGGCAGGUGGUCGUAAACAAACAUCGCCUUUGAGAAAAAACAGUUCACAGAAAAGGUCGCCUGGAGGGGAGUCUGGUCCCGCUUCCUCUCUGCUUUGCAGUUGUCGGGUCAAAGACAAGAUCUUUAUGCUGGUUACAAUACAGCAAAGAAACACAACACCUUCAUGUUGCUUCCCACCCUACACAGUGCAGUUUUAAACACCUUAUUCUUGGUAGGAGCAAAGAUCUUUAUGCUGGUUACAAUACAGCAAAGAAACACAACACCUUCAUGUUGCUUCCCACCCUACACAGUGCAGUUUUACACACCUUAUUCUUGGUAGGAGCAAAGAUCUUUAUGCUGGUUACAAUACAGCAAAGAAACAUAACACCUUCAUGUUGCUUCCCACCCUACACAGUGCAGUUUUACACACCUUAUUCUUGGUAGGAGCAAAGAUCUUUAUGCUGGUUACAAUACAGCAAAGAAACACAACACCUUCAUGUUGCUUCCCACCCUACACAGUGCAGUUUUAAACACCUUAUUCUUGGUAGGAGCAAAGAUCUUUAUGCUGGUUACAAUACAGCAAAGAAACACAACACCUUCAUGUUGCUUCCCACCCUACACAGUGCAGUUUUACACACCUUAUUCUUGGUAGGAGCAAAGAUCUUUAUGCUGGUUACAAUACAGCAAAGAAACAUAACACCUUCAUGUUGCUUCCCACCCUACACAGUGCAGUUUUACACACCUUAUUCUUGGUAGGAGCAAAGAUCUUUAUGCUGGUUACAAUACAGCAAAGAAACACAACACCUUCAUGUUGCUUCCCACCCUACACAGUGCAGUUUUACACACCUUAUUCUUGGUAGGAGCAAAGAUCUUUAUGCUGGUUACAAUACAGCAAAGAAACACAACACCUUCAUGUUGCUUCCCACCCUACACAGUGCAGUUUUACACACCUUAUUCUUGGUAGGAGCAAAGAUCUUUAUGCUGGUUACAAUACAGCAAAGAAACACAACACCUUCAUGUUGCUUCCCACCCUACACAGUGCAGUUUUACACACCUUAUUCUUGGUAGGAGCAAAGGCAGCUUUUGUCUUCGCGCCGGGAACUCACGGCAACGCAACGUUUUGUGAUAACUUGGAUCAAAUCUGCCAUAUAUAUAUAUAUAUUAAAAAAUAAAUGUAGAUUUAGCGUUUCGGAAUUGGAAAUAGAAUAAACGGGAAGGUACACGGACCAAAAACAUAUGAGAGCGUUGUUUUUAUUUGAAUGUUUCUUCUUAUUUUUGAGGUGACCUUUACACCUUCACAUUCACACGAUUGAACAGACGGAGCCGAGAGAAGCCGGACUAUCCUCGCUUUCUACCUCCCUUCCCCCGAAUCCUUGCUCUUUGGCCCCACCCCUUUGACUCGAGACCGUCCUCCUUUCCCCGCCUGCUUUGGGACCAAACGCCGGAGCGGGAAAAUGCUGGAAUGAGGGAGAGAGGAAAAAAAGGAUCCCACCUGCUUGUAGAUAUUGUUCCUCUUUGGAUAUUUUGUUGUCGCUGAUGUCCACACGUGCUGCCCUUGUGUAUAUCCAGAAAUGGCAUUUUUUUGGUGUGUGUGUUACCGUUCAUUUCCCCUCAUCGCCAUUCGGGCUUUGUGCUCCUGAUUUGAUUUGUUGUGUCUGUAUUAAUGAGACGGAAGCCCUUUUUUUUGUAGAAUAUUUUGUAUUGCUGGCAUUGUGUGACAGCGAGAGGACGGAGGUGCAAUAUGAAGAGAAUUCAGCUACUGAAUGGAACCUCAGCAACUGCCCAUAGGGUGUCAUAUAAUAUAGAAACAUAGAAAUAUAUUUAAAGUAACAUCAGUAACUUAAUGUGAAUGUACAUAGUAUUUAAAGAGGUCCAAAAAAAUGUGUUUGCCAAAUAACAGAAACCUUUAAAGUUUAAUGUUCUUUCUCACAGUGCAUUUGUUUCUCCGAUUGUUCUUUUUGUUUUUCAGACCAUUCAACCAUUGGCAUGAAAUCCAGAAGUCAUGUGACACGGGGGUUGAAGGGCUAUGGCGUCUAAACGGUGGCAAAUGCUGCGGACAUACAGUAAAUGCCAAUUUGCGUGCAGAAAGAGUCAGGCGUUUUUUGUUUAGCCUUGUUUUUGAUGCCAUACCCAUGUGACACACAGUCUGGGCGCACGCACAAAGAGAGACUAAGGGUAUGGCAUUCAAACUGUGCCAAAAUAUGCAUGCAAAUACUGUAUCUUAAUAUAUAAGGGUAUGGCGUGGGAAUUGUGCCGUUGUUUUGACGCCAUACCCUGGAUGAGCGCACUUACAGAGACUAAGGGUAUGGCUUUCAAACAGUCCCAAAAUCCACGUGCAUGUAUAUCUUAAUCUAUAAGGGUAUGGCAUGCAGAUGUUCUCGUUGUUUUGAUGCCAUACCCAUGUGACACACAAUCUGGGCGCACACACAUAGAGAGACUAAGGGCAUGGCAUUGAAACAGUUCCAAAAUAUACGUGCAUAGAACUGUAUCUUAAUAUAUAAAGGUAUGGCGUGGGAAUUGUGCCGUUGUUUUGACGCCAUACCCUGGGGCGAACGCACAUAGGGAGACUAAGGGUAUGGCAUUCAAAAAGUGCAAAAAAAUCUGCGUGCAUGUACAUAUUAAUCUAUAAGAGUAUGGCGUGCGGAUUGUGCCGUUGUUUUGAUGCCAUACCCUGGGCGCACGCACGUAGAGAGACUUAAGGGUAUGGCUUUCAAACAGUCCCAAAAUCCACAUGCAUGUAUAUUUUAAUCUAUAAGGGUAUAUGGUGUGCGGAUUGUGCAGUUGUUUUGAUGCCAUACCCAUGUGACACACAGUCUGGGCACACACACAUGGAGAGACUAAGGGUAUGGCAUUCAAACAGUGCCAAAAUCCGCGUGCAUGUACAGUUUAACUUAGUCGAUAGGGGUAUGGCGUGCGGGUUUUGCAGUUGUUUGGUGCCAUACCCAUGUGACACACAGUCUGGGCGCACGCAGGCACAUAGAGAGACUAAGGGUAUGGCAUUCAAACAGUGCCAAAAUCUGCAUGCAUAUAUACUAUGUCUGGAUAUAUAAGGGUAUGGCGUGCGGAUGUUGCUGUUGUUUUGACACCAUACCCCUGUGACACACAGUCAGAGAGGGGCCAAACAGUUUUAUACACACACUGUUUUGCCGCCAUACCCCUGUGCUGAAUUUGCUACCGUUUUGACGCAGUGCCCACAUUCUGCCCGUAUAUAUGUGUAGAGAGACCAGCGGUAUGGCAUUGAAACAUGGUCCCGUAUAUAUGUGUAGAGAGACCAGCGGUAUGGCAUUGAAACAUGGUCCCGUAUAUAUGUGUAGAGAGACCAGGGGUAUGGCAUUGAAACAUGGUCAAAAUCCACGAUCAUAUUUAUUCCACAAUUUGGGUAUUGUUUCGAUGCCUUAACCCUGUGUCGCACAGUCCGUGCUAGCGCAAAAACGUACAGACGCCACACCCACGCCGUUGUUUGUAAGGGCGUAGGUUUGCACACCGUAGAGGCUACGUCUAUUUCGGCAGUCUUUUAAUGCCAUACAGUCCGGACCAUGGGUAUGGCAUUCAAACAGUACCAAAAUCCAUGCACAAAUAUAUCCUAAUACAUAGGGGUAUGGCUUGCGGAUUUUGCUGUUGUGUUGAUGCCAUACCCCUUUGUUACAUCGUCAGUACACACAGUGUUUUGCCGCACAGUCCGCACGUGAAAGGGUACUUUCUACAAACGUGCGGAUUUUGCCGCUGUUUCUGACGCCAUACCCCUGUGUCACACAACCAGAGUCCAUGCAUGCAGAGAAACCAAAGGUAUGGCAUUCGAACUGUGCCAAAAUCCUAAUUAUACCACACUCGUGGCACUGUUUUAACGCCACACCCCCGUGUCACACAGUUAGCGUGAGUGCAUGAGUCCAUGGCUUUUAUGUGCUUGGCACAGUUUUGACGUCCUAACCCUGCGGCACGCAGUCAAACAAAGUCCCCGGGCGGUGAGGCCACACCCGCGCAUAGAGGGGUUUCUAAGGGCUGCAGAUGUUGCCACCAUAACCCUCUUUUGGUACUGUUUUACAACCAUACCUCUGUGUCACACAGUCCGUGCGUAUGCAGAGAGACCAGGUAUUCUCGCAUUAUCGACGCCAUACCCCUGUGUCACACUUUAGGUUUGCACGCGCCGAUUACCACGUUCAAACCGAUCAAGGGUGCAUGAACCGCAUGACUUCCAGGACUGACCGAAUAAGGCUUUAACAAACCGUAUUUAUUUUCAGUGAAACGCACUUCCUUAGCACCUCUUCUGGCAAAUCCGACAUUGUGGGGACUCGGUUCAUAUAAUCCAAACCAAAUUUAGAAUAGGUCCGAAAACAUUGCCGCUUUUUUUUUUUUUUUGUAGCAAAAGUUCCCCGUGUGACCUUUUUUCUCUUCGCCGCUGUUUUGGUAUGUUUGGUUCCUCCGGCUGCAGGAAACUUUUCCUCGGCCGGAUUGAAGGAUUAGCCAGUAUACCAGCUAUUCUCGCAUUCUCGAUGCCAUACCCCUGUGUCACACAGUGUUUUUUGGUUUUUGUGCGCGGAUUACCCGCCAUCCGGGGGGAAGCACGUUCAAACCCAUCAAGGGUGCAUGAACCGCAGGACUUCCAGGACUGACCGAAUCAACAUUUAACAAACCGUAUUUAUUUUCAGUGAAACACACUUCCUUAGCACGUCUUCUGGCAAAUCCGACAUUGUGGGGACUCGGUUCAUAUAAUCCAGGGGUGUCCAAAGUGCGACCAGGGGGCCAUUUGCGGCCCGCAGGUCAUUUUUUUACGGCCCCACGGCACAUUUUCAGAAUAUUAUGGAAAAAUAUUUAGAACAUAAAAAGUGGUAUAAAAGGGCAAACAGGUGAAAUGUUUCGAGAACAUGUUGCAAUGUUUACUCCAUGCAGGCUGUUUCUUUCUUUAAAAAAAUAAUAAUAGUGAAUCAAAGUCAAUUAUGAAUUAUUGACCAAAUCAAGGCUCCAAUUACGUCACAUUAAAUAUUCCACUUUGAGAUAUUUUGGGGGGCAAAUGUUGCAUAUUUUGAGCUGUUUUUUUUUUUUUUCUCAAAGAAGGGCCUAAAACGAACAAACAAAAAACAUAAACUACAAAAAACUUACGAUUGAUGAAUAGAUCUGAAGUUGAUCUGGAGACCAUUGUGGUAAAAAACCCAACAUUAUUUAUUUUUUAACACUUUGAGUAGGACCCCUUAGGAUCAGUGUGUUUUGUUUUUAAGUGUCAUUGCAAAAAAAUAAUAGGGAGUUAAAAUCAAUGUUGUUAUGGAUUAUUGACCUUUUUACGGCUCCAAUUAUUAUAUAAUCUCAAACAUUGUACUUGAACAUUUUAUUGGGUGAAAAUAUUGCAUAUUUUGUGUUUUUUUCCAUAAAAAAACUUGGUUUGAAAAAAAGAGCAUACAACUUAAAUAUUAAAAAAGUCAUAUUAACAGAUAGACUUAAUGUUGAUCUAGAGAUUUAAAAGUUGAAUAAUAAUACAGAUAAUGAUACUGAAUAAUGACACAUUUUUAACAUUUUUACCAAAACCCUUUGGGUCUCCGGGAUCAAGCCUGAGUGGAGGCCUAAAUGUAUUUUUUUUAUACUUGUAUUGCUUUUUAAAAUAAACGGCCGCCGCUUGCUUUGAUUUUUCAGUGUGCAGCCCUCAGUGGAAAAAGUUUGGACACCCCUGAUAUAAUCCAAACCAAAUUUAGAAUAGGUCCGAAAACAUUACUGCUUUUUUUUUUAAGCAAAGUUCUACGUGUGACCUUUUUUUGUCCGCCGCUGUUGUGGUGUGUUCGGUUCCUCCGGCUGCAGGAAACUCUUCCACGGUCGCAUUGAACCCUUAACCAGUAUCAAGCUUACAUUCGACUCCUGUGUGUCUCAAUGACAAUCCUGCUUCUACCCAUUCUUUGCAAAAGCCUGAAGGGGGAUUGAAGGCUCACUUAUUGCUUAUCGGCAACCUUGUUUGGUUUUUUUUACUCGAUGGAAAAAGUACAUUUUGUCAAAAAACACCUGAGCCAAAACCCACCAGGAUUUCAAGCUCUUGCAUUACAAUCUGAGACACAAUGCAAAUAAUCCGUGUAGCAUUUUUUUGUAUUGGCCACAAAAGAGCCUCCUUUUUACUCGCUACCUCCUGAGAGCAUACAGCUAAUCACCCGGAGGGUCUUGACCUGGACUUUGAAAAGGACAACCGUGGACUUGCAGAGCAGACUUUUCGGUCAUGGAAAGGCCUUGCCAUCGUAUUCCCUCGGACGUCCUCGCAAACAUAUCAGCAUUGAGCACGCCACGCCAUUGUUAUCCAAAAAGCGCAGACCAAAGUACUCCUGCAUCGAGCUGAUGUGAGGACGAACCAGACAGGACCAGCUUCGCCGCAGUUAACCAAAUAAACUUCAAAAAAACCAGAAAACAAGAACUGAAAUGCGGAGUUGUGCGCUUUUUUGAACGAAGCCCACUGGUUGGAUAUCCUCGCAGUUACAAAGCCUUGCAGAGAUCAUAAGAAUGCACGACGUUUUUGUUUUUGUUCCGUUUUCGGUCGUACUUGAAACCCUCCGAGCUUUAAGAGAGAUUUGCGACGUGUAGCAACAACUUUCUGGGGGAAAAUGCUGCGUUUGUGAACCAAACGUUACGAUGGCAACGCCUUUCCAGCUUCGUCUGCCUGGAAGCCCCUCAAAGAAACACUUAGAAAUGACCAAAAUUCAACCUUCAUUUCUCUGUUUUUCCAAAAAAAGAAGAAGAAAAAAAAAAAGUCUAACUGUGCUUUUUCACGAAAACAGAUUUUUUUUUGACGUACUUUUCUCUGCACUCUGGUUGUGUGCUUUUGCGAGAUUCUCACUAUUCAUGCGUGCUUGACAUGAAGAAAAAGCAUGUUUAGCAGCUUGCCAUUUUGUAGCAUCCUAUACCCGUAUCUUUACCAAUGACAUUUCAAGUUUCAUCCAAAGUGAUGAUGCAUCCUUCCUCUCAAACGCUGAUGACUGGUGCACCCAAAAAAAAGAAAAAAAGCCAUGGCUCCUCUUUUUUAUCUUUACAUAAAGGGUGUUUUUUUUUCUUUCUUUCAUUCUAUACUGUAUUGUGCAAUACAUUAUGGCAGAAAAAACAAGUUUCUGUAGGAAAGGUCGACUGAAAAUCUCUCUCUUUUUUUAUUUUUAUGAAGUAAACUGUGCCAGAGGAAUUAAAUUCUGAUUUGUAUUUAUUUCUUGCAUGCUUUCCUCCCUGUUGCUAAUACCGCUCUUUAACUGUUCGCUCUGUUGGAUGUGUGAAGCUGUAAAAAAUUCUAAUUCAGGUUAUUGUCUGUGAUGAACAAUGUAACUGUGUAAUUAAAAUAUCAAAUGAAA